CGCGGCGCGUCGGGAGCGCAGCGCGGCGCAGCUCGGCGCUCGGCGGAGCGGCGUGCGAGCGACGGGCCCGCGGCUGACGGGCGGCCCUCGCGCCGCGCGUCGCCGCCGCCCCCCGCGCGCGCAGCCCCGCGCGCCCGGUCGGCCGGCGGCGGGCGCCCCCAUGCUGGCAGCCCGCGCCCUGCGCCCCCAGCGCGGGCUUCCCGCGGCCGCCGGCCGCCCCCGGCGGCGCCAUGCACGGCUCGCAGAAGGACACCACGUUCACGAAGAUCUUCGUGGGCGGCCUGCCCUACCACACCACCGACGCCUCGCUCAGGAAGUACUUCGAGGGCUUCGGCGACAUCGAGGAGGCCGUGGUCAUCACCGACCGCCAGACGGGCAAGUCCCGCGGCUACGGCUUCGUGACCAUGGCGGACCGGGCAGCGGCUGAGAGGGCGUGCAAGGACCCCAACCCCAUCAUUGACGGCCGCAAGGCCAACGUGAACCUAGCAUAUUUGGGCGCCAAGCCCCGGAGCCUCCAGACGGGCUUUGCCAUCGGUGUGCAGCAGCUACACCCCACCUUGAUCCAGCGGACUUACGGGUUGACUCCACACUACAUCUACCCGCAAGCCAUCGUGCAGCCCAGCGUGGUGAUCCCGGCCGCACCUGUCCCGUCGCUGUCCUCGCCCUACAUUGAGUACACGCCAGCCAGCCCGGCCUACGCCCAGUACCCGCCGGCCGCCUACGACCAGUACCCGUACGCCGCCUCCCCCGCCACCGCCGCCAGCUUCGUGGGCUACGGCUACCCCACCGCCAUGCCCCAGGCCCUCUCUGCCGCAGCGCCCGCGGGCACCACCUUCGUGCAGUACCAGGCGCCGCAGCUGCAGCCCGACAGGAUGCAGUGAGGGGCGUCCCUGCCCUGGGGACCGUGGCAGCGUCACCCGCACGACAGGCAGGCCCACCAGGCCACGACGGGCCCACGGCCAGCCCGGCUGAGCUUUGGGUGCCACCAGCGCCUGUGGCCCGGGACGGCCGGGAGAUGGCUUCUCCUCAGAUCCAGGUCCUGUCAUGUCGCCAGGGAGGACUUUGAGAAGAAAUUCCUCCUCGCACACGGCGCAGCCUUCUUCCCGCACCUUUUCCUGCCCCUUGUCGCACUCCGGGUGUCCUCAGGCCAGUCCCCUCGGCAGCCUCCAGGUGAGUCCGGCACGGACCCGCCACGGAUCCCAGCUGCCCUUGGGCUGUGCAGAGACUGUCCCUCGUGGAGAUGCCUUACUCCAGGGAGUAAGCAGCUGAUGGACUGUUCAUUGUCACUUGAUCCGCACAGUUUGUGAGCCACAGUCGGGGGAGCGGGCAGACCCCUCCUCGUUGAAUUCUCAUUCUCUACCUUGUUGCACGUGGCGGCUUCCUCGAGGCCCCCGGGGCGCCAGGCGCAGGAGGGCCACCGGCUCCGGCCGGAGAUCUUUCAGUCGAAGCACUGCGACUUUUUUCUUACUCUAAUUGUUUUGCUACUAAGAUGAUUUCAGAAUUUCAGUCUAUUUUUUCAGUGGAGACUGCCGCCACCAAGAAUCCAAAACCUAUUUUUGACUUUGAGCAGUUUGCUUUUGUGGGUUCCACCCGUGGAGACGACGACCGUGUCUCUGUGUAACAGGCGUCUGCCGCCGGCGGGCGGGCCGGAGGGCGGCGCUGGUCUCGGCACCCCCGGGCGGCCGGCGGCGUCUCGGGAGGGAGCGGGCCCAGGCUGCUCAGGGUCUAGACCAGGGGGGCUCCUGGCUGCGGGUGGGGGCCCUCAGCCCUGCCGUGGGGCUUCAGAGCGCAGCACUGGCCACCCCCACCCCUCCUGUUGCCCCCUGCUGAAUGCCGGCCCGACACGUGCCCCUGCCUCCCUGGGAAUUGGGGUGCGGGGGCAACAAGUUCCAACAGCCGUGGGGGCUCCCGCGGGGGCGGCCGGGGUUCCUUCAGACCUACCUCAGGGAGCGGAGGCUCGGGGAGGGACGCGCAGGCGCUCCUCGGCACGCCUGGUAGAGUCGAGGCCCAGGAAAUAAAGGUAGCUAAUAUUAUAAUAAUAUUUUUAUUAGAAUUGUUCUGAUUAUAAAAAUAAAACUUGUUUUCUUUAAAGAAA